CUUUGACGGAGUUAGACGUACUGUAAAUUGUUAAGAUGUUUCUCCUCCGUUCACUUCUCGCUACUAUAAUUUUAUCUUCCGUUUAUUGUAAUUGGGGACCUUUCCGUGCUGUUUUGUACUCCGAUUGGAUUAGUUGCAACAUCAACAAAACAGCGGUACUCGAUGUUAGUAACGUCGUUGUCUAUUUUUACGAUUUCAAAAACAAUUUCAACGCAACAUUCGAAAUAGACAAAGCUAUAGAUGGCUUAACUAAUCUAUACAGUUUAGACAUCACAAGGAAACUAAUAUUCUUCGUUCCGGGUUACAAAUCCAAUAUUUACAAGAACACCGAAGAAACAAUAAGACAAACAUUUAAAGAUGUUCCAAAUACUUAUCUAAUUAUUAUAGAUCACUCCGCGUAUACGUCAAAACAUGGAGGACGAAGGGAGGUGUAUGAAAAAUCUGUAACCUUUGUCCCAUCAAUCGGUAAAAGAUUGGGGACAUUUUUGGCAGAUCUACACAGCAAAGGUUAUCCUUCAAAUAACAUGCAUUGCAUUGGACACAGUUUGGGCGCUCAGAUACUUGGAUACGCCGGCACUACUUAUAGCGAUAUGACUUCAGAAAAGAUUUGGAGGAUCACAGGCAUCGAUCCAGCUGGUCCUUGCUUUUCUAACAGCUUUAUAGAUAAUCAAAUAAGAUCAGGUGUGGCGCAAUACGUCGAAGUAUACCAUUGCAAUGCUGGUGGUUUAGGAACUACAGCUGUUCUAGCUGAUAUUGAUUUCUUCUUCAACAAAGGAAGAAAACAACCCGAUUGCCAUGAAGGUUACAUACCCGCGUACGGCGAAUCUGUAGCUGCCAAAUGCAGUCACAAAGCUUGUGUUAAAUUCUGGUCGGAGACAGUCCAUCAUCCCGGUUGGUAUCUAGCAUGGGCUUGUGAUUCAUACAAAGAUUUCUCUAAAGGCAAAUGUGCUGCGAAUCAAGUCACAAUUGCGGGUUAUUCAAAUCCUGGUAACGCGACAGGAGUAUUCUACGUGUCAACAGAUGCGUAUGCAACUGAUUAGGAUAAGUGAUGAGGUUUAAAAUGGCUCUGUAGGAAAAUUUAGUUAUUUAUGUACAAUGUAAGUCUACUUUAGAUUGUAGGUAGGUUAUUAUGAAAUGUGAUAUAUAAAUAUUA